AGCGCGCAAUCGCCACCCGCAAGCUCACUCAGUAUCGUUCUGCAAUACCUCCAUUGCCUUUGUACAUGACCUUGAGAUGCUGUACACUCAGACUUUCACGUUUAUCUGCCUUGUAUGAUCACCUUCCAGGCUGCCCAGCAGCGAAGCUGCCGCCUAUCACAGCCUUUGGAGUUGUCGCUGAACGUCUUUCUACAUUAGUCAAUCCUAUCGAUUAAUCGCACCAAGCCUCCUCUUGGAUCGUCUUUGUUGGCUAAGUUUCAUCGAGUAAUCGGAGGCACGCCCCCCCCACGUUCCGAGUUUGAUCGUGUGCUAGUGCGGCUUAGUCGCCUCCAGUGCUUUGCACUCCGACUUUCCCCAGACUCCACAGUUCUGCUUCUGAGCAUGUGGAUCAUAAGCCUCUAUAAAGCCGGGCGGAACCAGGUCAUGUUGAACGAUAUGCCCAUCAUGUCGAAAACUCACUCCCGCUGCGACUCUACCCAUGAGACCGGGAAAGUCAAGAUUGCAACCGAAUUCAUCGAGGAUAUCGUCGUCCAGCCACCCUCAACUCGUACAGCUGAGCACCCGCAGACGAUUUGGCAAGAGAUUAGAUCCAAUCCCCGAGUGAUCGGGUAUUCCUUCCUCGCAAAUGCAGGAGUAUUGUCAUUUGGUUUCGACAUUCUGGUUACUGGUGCCGUUACAGCAUUGCCAGCGUUUUCAGUUUCGUAUGGCGAACAGUACAACGGUAAACUGAUUCUGCCAGCACUCUGGCAAGGUCUUUGGACUGCAUUUAUCCAGCUCGGAAUAAUGAUGGGCGCCGCUUCUGGCGGUGUGUUCCAGGACAGAUUUGGUCGUCGGUCAGCUUUUGGCUUAGGAGGCAUCCUGACCGCUAUUGGGACUGCUUUGGCAUACAGCUCGCCAGAGGUAGCUUCUCUCACAGGUCGCCGGGUGCUCUUUCUUCUCUCUAAGAUCGUCACGGGUAACGCUAUUGGAAUCCUGUUAACAACGUGUCAGACGUACGUAUCUGAGAUCGCACCCACGAAGCUUAGGCCUGUUCUCCUGGCUAUCUUUCCGUUCUCUGUUGCGAUUGGCCAGCUGGUUGCGGUCUCCGUUGUCUUCUCCCGUGUCCUGAUAUUCGAUACCUCUUCGUUUCAGAUUCCCUUUGCCGCAAUGUGGGCCUUCUCGGGUCUUACUAUCAUCGCUGCUGUCGUCAUUCCUGAGAGCCCUACCAUGCUCAUGGCUUCUCGAGAACCGGAACUCGCCCGAAAAGCUUACCUCAGACUUCACGGAUCUGUGAGCGACGUCGAUGCUACCCUCAGUGGUAUCAAAGAUACACUAAAUCACGAGCACGCAGCCGAUGAAGGCAAAGAUGCAUCAUUCGCUGAAUGCUUCAGACGUACCGAUCGCCGUCGUACACUGAUCAUCAUUCUGGUUGCUUUGCUACAAUAUCUUCUAGGAGUUUCCCUUCUCGCCAACUCCAACUACUUUCUGAUCAUGGCAGGAAUGAGUCCUACACAAUCGUUACAAAUAUCACAGAUUGGGGUUGGUGUACAGCUGGUCGCUACCGUCAUUGCAUCUUUCACGAUGGUUUAUCUAGGAAGACGAACAAUAGUUCUCUGGAGCGCCUUUGCCACGGCCGUCAUGUUUGUCGCAAUGGGCGCCGCCGGGUUCUUCGAAAACGAUACUCGAGCGGUGAGGUUCAUCGGAGUCUCCAUCAUAAUUGUUGGCACGAUCUCGCAGCUUGGCGUCGGUGCGACAUGGCCUGUCCUCAUUGGCGAGCUCUCAUCUUCGCGUCUCCGCGCCAGAUCUUCCGCCAUAGGGUUUAUCAUAAAUGCCUUAGCUGGUGUGGUCUUCAGCAUCAGUGUUCCCUACAUGUUUAAUGCAGAUGCUGGAAACUUAGGAGGCAAGAUUGGCUUUGUCUUCGCUGGCCUCUCUUUCCUCGGAUUCGGUUUGUCGUGGAUCUUUUUGCCUGAGACUAAGAACAAGACUUUCGACGAGUUGAAUCAUUUGUUCGAGAUGCACACACCCGCGAGACGCUUUGCGAAAUCAUAGUGUCGACGUCCAAGCAGGGAGCGGGCCUAGCCUGCCUGAUAAAGGGCUAAGAGUAUGCAGUUAAAGUCUUGAGUUAUUCGAAGUAGGAAUGAGACGU